UCUUGUUCGACUUGUGGCAGACAUAUUCUGGAAACAAAUUUGAGGAAAUAACUUAGCAAGAUUUAAUUCAGGUACUGCUAUUUUUAGGGUAAAAUUAUCACAAGAACGUUAUUUUUAUUAUGAUUAUUAUUUUCAUUCCCUCACUUUUCCUUAUUAAUAGAUUUUGAACUAAGCAUGUCAACAAGGAGGAUGUUCAUUGAUUAUCUAAUACCUCUCUGCAAAGUUUAGAUAUUAAUUUAUGCAACAUAAUUUUCUAAAAAAUAGCACUUUACAAACAUUGACAGAAAGAACGAAGUAUUUUUUUAAUUUAGCAUAUAACUAUACCUGCAAGUUCUCUUGUAGGUCAGACAUCAUACUUCCCACCUCAUAGAUGAAUUCCACUUCGAGAAUAUUGGAUCUGCCUCCUCCUCCCGGAACAGAAGACAUCGAGUUAGGACCUUUGGACAAACCUGCCAAACCACCAGAGGGAGAGAAAUUGGAGGUAAAAUUGGAAGCUAUUGAAAAAGAUACAGAUACUAAGAAAGACAUGGACAUUUAUAAACCAAAGGAACGUCCUAUAGACCGAAUUAAUCCAUAUUUAAAAAAUCCUGAAUAUGUUGAAUAUGAAAGGAAACAUUUAGAGCGUAGGUAUAGAAAUAGGUCCCGGAGCUACUCAAGAGAAAGGCGUCACAAAAGAAGGUACUCAAGGUCAAGAUCUAGAGAUAGGUAUCGUCGAUCUAGGUCCCGUUCUCGACGAAGGAGGAGGAGAUACAGUUCAUCCAGAAGCCGUUCACCUUCUCCAUCAUAUCGUCGUUAUAAAUAUAGUAGAAGAAGAAGGUCUAGGUCAAGAUCUAUAAGUCGAAGUAGAUCAAAAAGUGUGUCAAAAUCACCACCAAAGUCUCAUAGAUCUAGAAGUCGUAAGGAUAAAAAAUCUCCACUGAGAAAAUCAUACAGUGAAGAAGAAGACGAAAAGCCUAUACCAGAUGCAGAUACAAAUGAAGUUGAUAUGAAACUUGACGAAGAAGAAGAAGAGGUGACCAAAGAUAAUGUUUUCAAAAAUGACGGAACUUUUCUAGAGAUGUUUAAAAAAAUGCAAGAACAGCAAAAGAAAGUAGAGGAAACUGCUCCUGUUCCGGAAACUUCCAAGAAAGUACUACCUGUUUUCGGUAAAAGACGUGGUGGUAAAGUUUUAAAAACUGGUUUAGUUCAAAAAGCAAAACCUCAAAAUGAAGAAGAAACUACUUCUCAAGAUGCUUGGUCAGUGUAUAUGAAAGAGGUUAGAAAAUAUAAAGAAGCCUGUUGUGAUGAUGAUUCAAAAACUAGGCCUCUCGUUAAAUGAAUAAUUAUUAAUUUUCAUAUUGUCGUUUCUACCUUGCUUUAAAUUAGAAUAUAAUUAAUAAUUUGGGUUAAGAUUAUUUUAAUAAAAGAAUAAUUCGAUUUGUAGGUAUACAUGUUUGUGUAGAUUUCUUUAAAGCACAUCAGGUUAUAUGUUUGUAAAGUGCUAUUAUUCUAUUUUGGAUUAAAGUAUUAAGUUUAAAUAUUUGGGUUUUUAGUAGACCUACUUGAAAUGAAUUAUAACAAAUAAAUUAUAAAUUUAAACAAAUUAAUGUUCUACAUAUAAUGUUUUAUUACAAGUGACGAAAGUAAUAUUUUUUGCAACCAAACAACUGUAUGGAAAAAGUGAAACACUAAAUUUUUUCUGCAACCCCGUUUACAUUAUAAUAAUAAGGGUUUCAGCAUUUAUGACAAUUUCAACUUAUAGUUCAACUAGUAACUAGAUGUUAUUAAAUCCUAUAAAAUAUUUAUGAUUUCAUUUUGCUUUUUGCUUAAACAAAUGUAAAUUGUACAAUUUGUUUUAUCAAUAAUUUGAUUUUAUUCUUUAAUCGUGGAAUGCUUCCAAGUUUCAACACUAGUAAAUACUAUUCUAUUUUGAUCUUCAUUAUACCAAAAAACAAACACAAUUAGAGGUUUGAAUAUCUCAGAAAAUUUUAAACACCGAUUAAAUGAAAAUAUACUUCUCUCUUGUGGAAAGUCCAAUUUUUUAUGAACUUUUUGCUUGAAGAGGGAGUAUACACUCAAUAUCUAUUGGGAUCUACUAUGCAAAUAAUCCAAAGCUUUUGAUAUGAGAUAAAUGAAUUAUUUUAAAAUUUGUUUAUGGUGUUAUGAAAAUAAAUCUCAUUUGAAUACAAGAUAUGCAUGUCAUCAUGAAUAUUAGAUUUCAAAAGUAUUCAACCGUCUGCCUUGAAUUUAGCUAAAUGUUCAAUUGAAAAUCAAAACUCAUUAGGAAAAUUCCAAAAAGUGUGUUUGUAUAGCAGAGACCUCAAAAAUCCCAGUGCGACGUUUCUAUCUUUUCUCACUUUUAAUGGAAAUCACGUUUUUGCUGGAAGUAAUUUAUUAUUAAAUUACUGCAGGAAAAAUUAUUUUGUGUUUAAUAAGUUUACUUACUCUACCCUUACAGAUAUGGGUUGUUUGUUUGUCUGUUCUUCGGUUUUCUCUUACUUCCUACAGCUUUCACAUCUAAGGAGGCUCUUCGGGGUCCUACUUUUUCCCUGUUUCCUCUAAGUAACGGAACUAGUUCAAAUAUAUUCUUAGUCACUUUCCUACAGGAUAUUCCACACUAUCAAACAAUUGUUCUACUACAAAUUCAUCCCCUAAAUAUCAGAGCUGGAUUUUCUUAAUAUGGCUAAUUUAGAUCAGUUUAAAGGCCGCUUAACAUGAUGCAGUACAACGUGUAAUGCAAUGCAAGACGCAAUAUUUCUUGAUCAAAAGCAACCAGAUCAGCUGACCGACGUAAAACUUAGCUCCGUUAUUUUCAUUGUUAAACUAUGUACAAAAUAUUAGUAAAAAUUUGAGGUUAGGAAUUUGUUUACUUUUACUGCUUACAGAGACUUGCAUACAAUUUCUUGUACUUUAUAUUGCAUUAUGUCUUAAUAUAUUUUCCAAAACCAGAAUUAUAAUGUAUGAAUAAGACACAUUUGGUUGGUAAAUAUUAUGCCGAAACAUAAAAUAAUGAACAAAUGGGUUAUAAUAAUGUAAAAUGAAUAUUUGUUUUAUUUUAUCAACAUUAUUUUCAAGGUAAGUGCAUUUUAUUAGUAACAAAAUAUUUAUGUAUCGGUUGUCAAAUGGUAAAAAAAAUUAAUGUACCGUGUCUAGAUGAAAUUAUCUAAAUUAUAAAAUGAAAUUAUAACUUUAACGAGAGCUACUCUGCUCUAUUUGAAUCAAGGUAAAACACAUCUUCGUCCAAAUGAAUUACUAAAUCUAAUUUGUUUUGGAAUAAAUGUAAUUUAUUUUCAGCCUGCAAUAAUUGUCUAUAGUAAGACUCUAAGUAACUAAAUAAGUUAAGUCUGUUCGUUCAUUAUAGCAUUAAUGACUUGAUUGGAUCAUUUCCAACAAUAUAGGAGCUGCUAGAAGUACAUAGCUCAACUACCCAACUUUAAAAUUAUAUCAAGGAAUCUUUAGAAAGCGGAAAUGAAGGUAAGUCCUCAGUAUUCAGAAAAUAUAAGUUUUUAGACCAAGUGUGGAUGGUAAUAAAUAAAAAUUCACCAAAUAGCAAUGAUGACCCAAGAAUUUGUAAACAUUAUUUGUUUUAAGACUAUUUAAAAAAUAAUAGUACAGAAUUGCAUAGAUAUUGAAACCACAAUUAUAGAGCUAACUGUGGCAACACAGAGUUAUAAAUGGCAACAACGAUGGACAGAAGAGAAAUCGGGCGAAUGGACGCGACGAAUAAUAAAAGACCUUAGACGGUGGACUGAAAGGAAGUUUGAAAAUGUGAACUUCUACAUUACCCAGCUUUCGACAGGACACGGCUAUUUCCGAGGGUAUAAACACCUGCGUGUCCGUAUGGUAGAAACGACUCAGAUGAUUCUACGUGUGUAACCACUUGAGGAUUUUGAAGGACACUGCUACUUCUGAAAGUAUCUUCACAAAAUGAGGAAAGUACAAACUCCUGAGUGUACGUAUUGUGGAAACGACUUAGAUGAUGCCGAACGCACGUUCUACGUGUAUAACCAUUAGAGGAGUUCGAGGGACACUGCUACUUCUGAAAGUAUCUUCAGAAAAUGAAGAGAGUACAAACUCCUGAGUGUACGUAUUGUGGAAACGACUCAGAUGAUGCCGAACGCACGUUCUUCGUGUGUAACCACUGGAGGAGUUCGAGUGAUACUGUUACUUCUGAAAGUAUCUUCACAAAAUGAGGAAAGUACAAACUUCUGAGUGUCCGUAUUGUGGAAGCGACUCAGAUGAUGCCGAACGCACGUUCUUCGUGUGUAACCACUUGAGGAUUUUGAAGGACACUGCUACUUCCGAAGGUAUCUUCACAAAAUGAGGAAAGUACAAACACCUGCGUGUACGUAUGGUAGAAACGACUCAAAUCAUGCCGAAUACACGUUUUUCGUGUGUAACCACUGGAGGAGUUCGAGGGACACUGCUACUUCUGAAAAUAUCUUCAGAAAAUGAAGAAAGUAUAAACUCCCGAGUGUACGUAUUAUGGAAACGACUCAAAUCAUGUCGAACGCACGUUCUUCGUGUGUAACAACUGGAGGGGUUUGAGAAAGGAAGUAGAGGAAACUGUCGGCAGCAUAAAUCCUGGUGAUGCUGCACAAGGUAGAAUGUUGCCAACUGGUGGCUAACUACACAGAGAAUAUUCUUAGGCAAAAGAAUGCAGACGGCUGCCUGGUAUAACGAUAUCAUAGAAAGUUAACAAAUGGGACAUCGUACACGGACAGACCUACCAACCAGGUGGCUCCCACAUAUCCAUCAGCUGGUGGAAUCCGUUACUUGGGUUCCGCAUCUCCUUAAAAAAACAGAGCUUAUAACAAUAUUAACUGUUCCAAAUAAUUAUUUAAAAGCAGUUCACAUUAUAAUAAUUUCAGAUGUGCUUAAAGUUAAUAAAUUACAGUUUUCAAUACUUUGCAGAGAGUAUUAAAUAAAAUGAACAUAAAUGAAACAUUAUUCGGAAGCCUCUUGAUGCAAUUGCAUCAAUACGAUUUAUUUCCCUCUCUGCUAAUAGAGAAACAACAGUGAAUUAAAAAUAAAUCUCACUACUCACGUAAAGUGGAGUGGGAAUCUAGUGGAGCAAUUGAAGGGGUAAGAACCAAAAGUUACUUGAUUAUUGUAAAAUCUGUGCAAACAUUUCGUAUAGUAUUUGUAUCUGACGGUACGUACAGUUUGCUUAAAUUUUUAACACUUUUCGAUACUCUCUGUUAAAUUCUGUAUUUUUUCAAAAAAUUGUCACUUGGACCCUUUUGGUUCAAGAUUUGUCUUACAAAAAUACAAAUUCUAUCAUCAAAUUAACUUUAUUUGAAUAGACAACAAAUUAUACGGCAUUCUUAAUCCUCAUAGUCGGAGUACAGUUCAAAUUGUUCAUCUUGAACAUUUUCUUCCACCCGUAUUUAUAUGGUUUAUAUUUUUUGAUGGGCAAGGUUUUGAUGAAAGGUGUGAUGUAUCGGUGAAAUAAAAGGCAAGAGCUGAAUAAGAUUCUUCCACUUUGCGUACGCUAUUUUCAAGGGGGCUGCAUAAAGACGUUCGUUUAAAUUAUCCAGAGAUUCAUUUGGUCUACCUGCUUUAAGUGAAGAACGCGUCUCAGAAGUCAGAAUAUAAAGCAGGAAAAUUUGGAUUUCUCGUUAUAUGGAAAAUGAAGAAUAAAAAUUCACGUUUGUACUCAAACCACACAAUGUCUCGCCAUUUUAAACGUUGUUUUUCAUUGUCUUUUUUGGAUCACACAUGACCUCAUGAAGGUAAUCAAAAUCAUUUUAUUCCAUGUUAUAUACCUCAAAGUUUUUGGAACUUUUCUUUAUCAAGUCCUUCCAACGUUCUGGAAUGCUUAAUGCCUGUUUUUUUAGCUUUGCUCUAUUCGAGCAAAAUAACGGUCGCAUUCCAUAUAGGAAUGUCCUGGCUCAAAUAACUUGUGAUUUGUGACUUAAAAUAAUAGAUUCAACCAAAAACAUUAACAAUUUGGCAAUAUUUUUAUUUUUGUUUUGCCUACCGCAUUGGUCACUGUAACAAAUUAGUUCUUCGACAGUUGGUACCAAAUUUUUUAUGAACUGAAACAAAAAAAAAUAAA